AUGCAUCGAGCUUACCAGCCGAUCACCCCUGCCAACAACAAAUUGCUGAAGAAAAGAUGGGAUGAGAGGAGAUUCGAUACCCAUCGACAGAAGGUUCAGAAUGCCAAGCCAGUAAUUGAUGACAAGCCGCCGAAGACCUACGUUCAUCUCCAUCUUAAACUGAAGAAGAUGCAGAUGGAGGAAGAGAGAUUGACCAUUAUUGAGAGGGAUAAUCGAAUCCUCUUGGAGAAGAUGUGUCUCAUCAUGCUAACAAGAGGCAACGUCGAUAAUAAGAACUUCUAUGAUUGCAAGAGUUUAAAUCGCAUGGCUCGUCAACGCGAACUGCUUCGAGUGACGCAUGAGAAUCAAGCGAUAAUGAGAAGAAUCUUGUCAAAGCAAGCGACAUACAGUCACCACCAGUGGGAGGAUGAGUGGACGCUUAACAAGAUGUAUAUGAAGAACAUUGCUAAGUACCCUCAGUGGUAUGAGAGCGCAUAUGACCAAUGGAACAAGAGGAAUAGCAACAGGAGAGCACAUCACAAUGAUCGAAACGACUCUCACUACGAACCAAGGAAUAAAAGCAUGAUGUCUUCAAUGGAAAAAUUCUCAAAGAAAUGGGAAGAAACCAAGGAAACAAACAACAAGAAAAAACGGGCCUCACAUCGAUCAACCAAACAGAGCCAACAAGCAAAGAAAAAUGGCGCCAAUGGAUGUGGAGUCAGCUGA